AUGACUCGGCCAACCGAGAAUCACGACGACCCGUCAUUUUGGGCGCCCGGAACAUUGACUUUAGAAGACUUACAAUCCGCAUCCGAGAAUGUCAUUCUGCACCCAACCCCGUCAUCGGAUCCAAACGAUCCACUGAACUGGACACCUUGGCGCAAAACCGUCAACUUUACGCUCGUCUGCUUCUACGUCUUCAUGACCUUUGUCCAGCUCGACGUCGGCUUCACUUCGUGGGACCAGUACCAAGACGAGCUUGGCUUCUCCGUCGACUUUCUCAACGCAUCGGCCGCCAUCAACUAUGCCGGUCUCGCCGUGGGCUGUAUAUUUCUUGUCCCAUUUGUGCACAAAUAUGGCCGCCGCCCCAUGUACAUCUUCAGCACUCUGCUGCAGUUGGUAUCUUGUGUGUGGCUGGCCGCGACGCGCACGCGCGGCGACAUGAUUGGCAGCAAUCUUCUCUCUGGCAUCAGUGGUGCCAUCAGUGAGACCAUUGUGCAAGUUACCAUUGCAGAUUUAUUCUUCGUGCAUCACCACGGAGCCAUGAAUGGCUGGUAUCUGUUUGCCACUUUCACAGGCGCAUACCUGGGCCCUGUGGCGUCCGGGUAUAUCGUGAACAGUCAAGGCUGGCGUUGGGUCUGGUGGUGGUGCGUCAUCUUGUUUGCCGUCAACUUGGUGUUGAUUAUUCUCUUUUUUGAUGAGUCCAAGUAUAUCAGCAUCCUCCAAGGUCAAUCAGGUCCUCGCUCCAUCGCAGUCGCUGAAAGUCACGAGCCCGGAAAGGUUCGUAAUUCGGGCGAUGAACUUUAUAAAGUCGAGACUGGUAUGGAAACGGUAGACUCUACAACAAAAGGGGCUAGUUCCGUCAGCGUUCGUAUCGAUCCAACCAUUCCCCUCAAGACUCGUCGCCAGCGUCUUGCCUUGGUCACAAAAACCGACGGUUCAAUGGCCAAGGACUUUUACUAUCCUCUGGUGUUGCUGUUUAGGUUCCCCGCGAUUACCUUUAUUGCUUUAACCUAUGGCAGCCUACUGGCAUGGUUCGCUGUCACGACGUCGGUGCAGGCGACGUAUCUAUUCGGGCCACCAUACAACUUCUCUGCCGCAGGUGUUGGGUUAAUGAAUGUCGCUCCGUUCAUCGGUACGAUUUUCGGCAUCGGGGUUGGCGGGUACUUGAACGAUAAGUCAAUAAUAUGGCUCGCGAGGCGAAAUGGAGGUAUCUACGAGCCCGAGAUGCGUCUUUGGAUGUCGAUACCCAUGGCCUUUGUGACACCGGCCGGCAUUCUCAUGUUCGGAUUGGGACUGUACUAUGAAGCACCUUGGCCGUUGUUGGCUGUCGGUUUCGGCGUUUUUGGCUUCGGUCUUGUCGUCGCUGGUGACAUUGGGCUAUCGUAUGCCAUGGAUUGCUACCAUGAUGUUAUCGGAAACGCCUUGGUUGGUGUUGUUUUCACACGAAACGCCAUUUCGGUGCUUGUUCUCUUCGCUCUUACCCCCUGGAUCAACGCCGUGGGGCUACGAAAUCUCCAUAUCAUGAUUUCCGUAAUUUGCUGUGUCCUGAUGUUGCUGCCCGUGGCACUGAUUAUAUGGGGAAAGAAAGCCAGAAUUGCAACGGCGGCGCGGUACAGAAAGAUGGCUCACAGACAGCCAACACAUCGUGACAGUUGA